GCCGAAACUACAACGACGCACGGACACGACGCACGACGCACGAACGGCAGAGCUGAAGAUGUCAGUGGGCGGAGCCUCCAGGUUCGACCGCGUUCGGGAGUAUCCCAUUUAUGACGAGGUUCCGGUCGGGUCUCUGUACCGGGACUUCCCUCCUCCUCCGGCGCCAAUUUCUUUCUCUGACCGUCUCUCGUCCGGUCGGAGUCUGGACUCCCUCCCGCCUCCUCCCACGUCGGUGCUGCCGGCCGUAAGCCUGGAUCCCCUUCCUCCCCCGCCCCUCCCCGCCCAAGCCGCCGUGGGGCCGGAGACCUUUUACCCUCCGAGCGACGAGGAGGCUGAGCCGGACCACGACGCCAUGGACAUCAAACCGGUACACCGCUUCAUCCCCGACUCUGUCAAGAACUUCUUCAGAAACAGCGGCCGCAGCGGCAAAAGCUGGAGCCUCCGCAAGUCUGAUCGCUCCUCCUCUCCCAAGUCUAAACAGAAUGGCCACAGCACAGGGGGCAAGCCCUGCUCGCCGCCGCACUCGGCCCCGCCCUCGCCUUCUCUGCCAGGGUCGUACCGUGACCCGUACGGCGGCUCUGGCGGAAGCUACGUGUCUCAGAAGGACGCACUGCUUUUGGGCGCCGAUGCCAUCGACUCAGUGUCUAGCGUCCCCACAAACACGUCUGUGCAGACGUACGCCGAGCGCGUGGAGGAGUACCACCAACGCUACGCCUACAUGAAGUCAUGGGCGGGGCUUCUGCGCAUCCUGGGCUGCGUAGAGCUCCUAUUGGGUGCCGCCGUGUUCGCCUGUGUCUGCGCAUACGUGCACAAAGACAAUGAGUGGUUCAACAUGUACGGAUACUCCACGCCGCAGCUGUAUGGCGGGCUGGGGGGCGGGGCCUAUGGAGCGAGCGGCAUCCCCUACACGGGGCCGAAGACACCCUUUGUGCUGGUGGUGGCGGGCUUGGCGUGGAUCGUCACGGUGAUCCUGUUGGUGCUGGGCAUGAGCCUGUAUUAUCGUGCCAUCCUGUUAGACUCCGCCUGGUGGCCGCUGACGGAGUGUGCCAUCAACCUGGCGCUGGGCGUGCUGUACUUGGCGGCGGGCGUGGUCUAUGUGCGGGACACCACACGCGGCGGCAUGUGUAACCUGCCUGUGUUUAACAAUGGACUGAACGGCGCCUUCUGCCGUGUGGAGGCGGGGCAAACCGCCGCCAUCGUCUUCCUCUUCAUCACCAUGGUGCUGUACUUCAUCAGCUCCAUUGUCUGCCUCAAACUGUGGCGCCAUGAGGCGGCGCGGCUCCGGAGACAAGCGUACGAUCAGGAGAUGAAGACCAUCGCGUCCUCGGCGCCUCUGUCCGUCCUGGAAACGGGCUCUCACCCCUCCAACCCCACCCCCCUUCCCACAAUGCAGCCUGACCUGAUGGAUGGCCACGCCCCUAACCCCACCCUCCUGGAGCCAGAGAUCCUCCAAGGUCACAUCCCCGCUGGACACAUCCCCAAACCUGUGAUCAUCGCAGACUAUGUGGCGAAGUAUCCGAGUAUCCAGUCAGAUGAGGAGAGGGAAAUGUACCGUGCGGUCUUUAACGAUCAAUACGCCGAGUAUCGGGAGCUUCACGCUGAGGUCCAGAGCGUGGUCCAGAGGUUUGAGGAGAUGGACGAGAUGAUGAGGAACCUUCAGAGCUCCAGACCGAGCAGCCAGAUGGAACGAGAGCGAAUAAACAGCAUCUUUGUGGAAUAUCAGCGCAAGAAAACAGACCCGACGUUUGUGGAGAAGAGGGAACGCUGUGAGUAUCUGAAGAAAAAACUGGCCCACAUAAAACAGAAGAUCAGCGAAUACAACCAGGCCACAGGCUGGGAACACAGCCGAAAGAAGCACAGCGAGGUUUCUAACCCGGUGUUCUCGUAUUACCCGGACGACCAGGCUCUGCACUUUUACCGCUGGACGUCUCCUCCGGGCGUGAUGAAGAUCUUGUCCAUCAUCAUCAUCAUCAUGUGCGUGGCCGUGUUCGCCUGCGUGGCGUCGACGCUCGCCUGGGACUACGACAUGAACAUGAUGGGCGGGAUUGGUGGGAUUGGUGGCGUGGUGCCUGGCUACGGAGGCUACGGCAGCUCCUACGGCGGCGGUUACGGUGGCAGUUACGGCGGCAGUUACGGCGGCUCGUACGGAGCGGGCGGCGGCUAUGGCGGCUACGGUGGCUACGGCGGCGGCGACAUGUACAUGGACCCCAAGAGCGGCAAAGGCUUCAUCAUCGGCGUGGCGGGCAUCACCUUCAUCGCAGUGCUGGUCAUCUUUGUGCUGGUGGUGUCACGGCAGAGCUCGGCACGCGGCCAUAAGUUCUACCUGGGCGCCAUCGUGGUAAGCGCCAUCUUGGCCUUCCUCAUGCUCAUCGCCACCAUCGUCUACCUCGUGGCCGUCAACCCCACGGCCCAAAGCUCCGGCUCCAUGAUGUACAACCAGGUCCUCCAACUGUGCGCCCAGUACCAGAACCAGGCCCAGGCCCAAGGCAUCUUCCUCAACCAGUACCUCUACCACUACUGUGUGGUGGAGCCGCAGGAGGCCAUUGCCAUAGUCUUUGGUUUCCUGGUGGUCGUGGGGCUGAUCAUUCUCGUCGUGUUUGCGGCGAAGGCUCGUAGUCAGAUUCGCCGUUGGGGCGAGCACCGCAUCCUGUGGGAGGAGCCUAAAGGCCUGGCCAAUGGCACGCAACACAACAGCAUCGGGGCGUGGGUGAAUAACGUGUCAGGUGACCCCGAGUUCUUGGUCAACUCCCCCAACGAAAAAGUGGGCGGGUCCAGAGACUUCCUGGACCGUCUGGACCCUGGGAGACCACUCUACCUGCCCGGAGACUCUGACAUCAGCAGUGCCAUCAUGAGCCCCAAACCUCGAGACUAUGACACGGCUGAGUCUGGAGACGAGCUGGAGGAAGAGGACUUCAGCAGCCUGUUCCCUCCGAUCAUGGAUGAGACCGAGCGCCUCUCGUACAAACGCGAGUUUGACCGCGACCACCAGGAGUACCGCGCCCUCCAGACCGAACUGGACCAGAUCAAUCAGGACCUGGCCUCUCUGGAACGGGAACUGGACCAGGAGCCUCAGGGUAGCCCGCAGUACCUGGAUGCUCUGGAUGAAUACAGUCGCCUCAAGAGCCUCAAGAAGUCUGCUCAGUAUCAGAUGAAGAAGCAGCGCUACAAACAUCUGCGCUCCAAACUGUCCCACAUCAAGAGGAGGAUCAGCGAGUACGACCGCAGACCCUGAACCUGGACAGGACCAGGUCUGGACCGGGACUGAACCGGGACUGAAUUGGGUCUGGGCUGAGUCUGGGCCGAAUCUGGGCCGGGACUAAACCAGGACUAAUCCGGGUCAGAUCGAAGUCUAAACCAGCAAGAACAACCAUUUGAAGUUUUAGAAAUCACUACAGGCGGACUAAACCAGGACUAAACCAGGACUAAACCGGGACUAAACCGGGACUAAACCGGGACUAAACUGGGACUAAACCGGGACUGGACCGGGACUGGACCGGGACUGGACCGGGACUAGACCAGGACUAGACCGGGACUAGACCAGGACUAGACUAGGACUAGACCAGGACUAGACCAGGACUAAACCAGAACUAAACGGGACUAAACCAGGACUGGACCGGGACUAACCAGGACUUUUUCUAAACUUUUUAGCGUCUCAGGAGUGUUUCGUGCUGAGAACCAAAUCUA